AUGACGCAAGUCACCGCCACGGACGUUCCUAGACUCCCACGUGACUGCGCUGAGAUUCAGACUGGUGGACUAUCCCAUCUCAGUGGGGUGUAUCUCAUCUAUCCCGAUGGAGAUGGUGGUGAUCCUCUCUCCGUUUACUGUGAUAUGGAAACGGACGGUGGGCGCUGGACGGUCUUCCAGCGUAGACAGGAUGGUUCCGUUAACUUCUUUCUCUCCUGGUCCGAGUACAAAGAUGGUUUUGGAAACGUUUCCUCCGAGCACUGGCUCGGUAACGACAACAUCCACCGUCUUUCCCGUCAGAAGACCUACGAGCUCCGGAUCGACCUGGAAGACUUCGAAGGACAUACGCGCUAUGCCACCUACAGCAAUUUCAGUAUUGUGGACGAGGUCGCAGAUUACACCCUGGCCCUUGGCAAUUACUUCGGAGACGCAGGUGACAGUAUGUCGAAUCAUGCAGGUUAUCCGUUCAGUACACGGGACCGCGAUAAUGAUGGUGCACCGGUACGCAGCUGCGCCGGUCAUUUCACAGGAGGCUGGUGGUUCAAGGAUUGCCUUCGUUCUAACCUCAACGGCCUAUACUUGCUGAAUGAGCAAAUCCUAAAUCGCGACAAGGGUGUGGUCUGGCAACAAUGGCGUGGUUAUUACUACUCCCUAAAGAAGACGGUUAUGAAGCUCCGCCCGACGUAAAUUGAAAAGGCAUGUGAUACAAGGAGGGACCUGUUUAUCGCGGGGUUUCGAAAGGACACUAACGAGCACCGCAUUUCACAUUUUGUAUCUUUUCACACACAGCUGCUCAUCUUUUUUUCCCUUUAAGAAAGACACAAAUUACAACACCCUCAAAACAGUGUUAAUUAUUUUCAUAUCAGUUUAAUUUGAAGGGAGUUAUGCCAUGUUGCUUUAAUAA